UCCCGAGAAUUUGCCAACUUGAUCCGGAAUAAGUUUGGCAGUGCUGACAACAUCACUCACUUAAAAAACUCCCUAGAAGAGUUUCGGCCAGGGACCAGUGCCAGGGCCUACGGAGGCAGCACCACCAUUGUAAACAAACCCAAAUAUGGCAGUGACGACGAGUGUUCCAGUGGCACAUCGAGCUCUGCUGACAGCAAUGGGAACCAGUCCUGCGGGGCCAGCGAGGCCAGCACGCUGGACCGCCAGGGGAGGCUCACCAUAACCAUGACCCUGGAGGAACUGAGGGAGAUCAAGGACACCCAGACACAGCUGGCCGAGGACAUUGAGGCGCUGAAGGUGCAGUUUUACAGUUUUAUUUGUCAGACUCUACAAGAGGAAAGAUACAGGUACGAACAACUGGAAGACCAUCUCCACGACCUCACAGACUUGCAUCAGCAUGAGACAGCCAACCUGAAACAGGAGCUGGUCAGCUUUGAGGAGAAGGUGGCCUACCAGGCGAACGAACAGUCUCAGGACAUCCAGGAAGCCUUGGAAUCCUACCAGACUCGCAUUUCUAAGCUGGAGCUGCAUCAGCAGGAGCAGCAGGCCCUGCAAACGGACACUGUGAAUGCCAGAGUCCUCCUGGGGAAGUGCAUCAACGUGAUCCUGGCCUUCAUGACUGUCCUCUUGGUGUGCGUGUCGACCAUUGCCAACUUGGUCUCACCCAUGAUGAAGAGCCGCCUCCACAUCCUGGGCACCUUCGCCGCUGUGACUCUCUUAGCUAUAUUUUGUAAAAAUUGGGAUCCUAUUCUGUGUGCCAUAGAACGGAUAAUAAUACCAAGCUAA